CUUACUAAAAUCAGCCAACAUUGUCACUUAUAACAAUGGCUAGUCACAAACUCGUUAGUUCUGUUUUCUUUCUGUUGCUAGGGUUGGGCAUUUGCUCUGCCUCUAGAGCCCUCUUUGGCUACGAUGGAGCUUAUUAUGGAGGUGCUGCUGGUGGUGGACAAGGUGAAGGUGCAGGCUAUGGUGGCGCAGGUGGUGGCCAUGCUGGUGGUGGAGGUGGUGGUAGUGGUAGUGGUGGUGGAGUUGCUUAUGGUGCUGGAGGGGAGCAUGGUGUAGGGUAUGGAAGUGGGGGUGGAGCAGGUGCUGGUGGCGGUGGUGGUGGUGCAGUUGGUGGAUAUGGAGGUGGUGGUGGUGGUGGUAGCGGGAGUGGAAUAGGUUAUGGUGGCGGAGGUGAACAUGGUGCUGGAUAUGGAAGUGGAGGUGGAAGUGGUGGUGGCCAAGGAGCUGGAUAUGGUGGAGAUCACGGGGUUGGAUAUGGUGGUGAACAUGGUGUAGGAUAUGGUGGUGGUGGAGGUGGUGGAAGCGGAAGUGGAGGUGGAGGUGGUUAUGGCGGUGAUCAUGGGGCUGGCUAUGGAAGUGGAGGAGGUAAAGGUGGUGGAGAAGGAUAUGGUGCAGGUGGUGAACAUGGAGCUGGAUAUGGAGGAGGUGGAGGAGGUGGCAGUGGCAGUGGGGGUGGAUAUGGUGGUGCUGGUGAGUAUGGUGCAGGAGGGCAUGGAGGUGGUAGUGGAGGUGGUGCUGGAGGUGGAUAUGGUGGUGCUGCUGGUGGAGAAUAUGGUGGAGGUGGUGGGAGUGGUAGCGGUGGAGGAGGAGGUUAUGCAGCAGGAGGAGCACAUGGAGGAGGAUAUGGUGGAGGUGGAGGAGAAGGAGGAGGGCAUGGCGGAGCUGCAGGUGGCUACAAUGUUGGUGGCGGCGGCGGUGGUGGCUCUGGUGGUGGAGGUGGUUAUGCUGCAGGUGGCCAUGAUGGUGGCUACCUGCCUUGAUAGUAUCAUAUUUUCAGAUUGCUUAAGAAACAAGAAAUUGCUGAUUGGUCCAUUCAUUAGAACCUAAUUAUACAAUAAUAAUGUUUGGACUGUGCCGGGAAAACAAUUAUUCAUAUCUUUGAUUAACAUUUGUAUUCUACUAAGUGGGAGUAGACUGUGUUUCUGUUUCUCAAUUUGUUUUUGUUUAUCAACUUUUUCAUGCAUAGCAUGAUCAAUAAAUCAUUCGAUUCAAGAA